AUGUCUGAACACCACUACAAGUUCAACGUCAAAAUGACCUGUGGCGGCUGCUCCGGCGCCGUGGAGCGCGUGCUCAAGAAACUUGAUGGUGUCAAAGAAUUCAACGUCUCUCUCGACACGCAAACCGCAGAUGUUACCGCCGUCGACUCGCUCUCGUACGAGGCCGUACUGGAAAAGAUCAAGAAGACUGGCAAGACCGUCAACUCUGGCGAGGCUGAUGGAGUGGUUAUGUCUGUGUAA